AUGCUGCCCAACAAGUCCAGGCGUGUCCAUGAUGGCCCUGAUAGUCCAUCACAGUCCCAGCGGUCCGCUCCUUCGGAUCGAGACAACGAGCCAGACUAUCGAUCCAGCAAUCGAGCCGGCGCUGCACCCCCUGAUAGAAAUAGCCACCAUCCCAACGGCCGGCCGGAUAGCGGCUUUGGCAGUCGAUCCGAAUACCGCCAGGGCCACCGCUUCAAUAGCCGCCCCGGCAGCCACCCGAGCAACCGCUUCGAUGGUCGUCAGGGCACCCCCUCCAACAAUCGAUUCGACAGCCGCUCCGAGACCAGAUCAAGUCCUGCGUUCACUACCCACCCCGGCCAGCUCGACGGGCCCCCCGAGGGUGACUGCAGUCCCCGCAUAGUUUUCCCAGUGCCAACAAAAUCAGAUCUUCGCAGACCCAACUCCGGUCUUCCGGUAGCUCAGUACAAGCAGCCGAUGGAGAUCGGGUUCUUCUCGUUCGAUCACCAGCGACAGAUCCAUUUCUUCAGUGAUCAGAUUCUGAAAUGGUAUCGUCCACCGGCCCUCGACCAGUCGCUUCUGGCCGGCUAUCCCGACCUCUACGCACCCCGGGAGGACAUUGACGAGCACCUCGAUGGCCUCGUCACUUUCAUGCAGGCCUUGAACCAAAAGCAAACGGAAAAGUCCCUCGAGCCGUUCACCCCCAACUUUUGCACCUGGCGGGGCCUUAUGACCAAGAUCAUGUGCACCCCGUAUGCAAACGAGCCCUGGGAACUGGGUCUCACCCUCUUCGAGGGUACCAUCUACAUUGAGGAGCACAAGUUUCCGUCAAAGUACUCAAACAUGAGCCCCGAGGAAGACCGCCGCAUGACCUACAUGGGAUACAAGUUCGAGAGCAUAUCUACCGCCGAUGUACCGCCCUCCGAGCUGGAUCCGUCCAGCGACUCCACCGAGCCCAAGCUCAUCAACACGAACGAGCAGUUCUGUUCCGUCUGCAAAACCAAACUGGGUGAUCUGUCCCUCAUCAUCGGCGGCGAAGUCGACUGCCAGACCGAGGGCGCCCGCGAUCCUGCAAAUCCCUCUGCAAACUACAUCGAACUCAAGACCAACAAAGUGUUCAAGCACGAGCGGCAGCAAUUCAACUUUGAGAAAUUCAAGCUCCUGCGCAUCUGGGCGCAGUCGUUUUUGCUUGGCAUCCCCAAGGUUGUUCUUGGGUUCCGCACAGAGGAGGGCAUUCUCUCCCAUCUGGAAACCAUGAACACUCUCGAGAUCCCCCGAAAAGUCCGCGAGAAGCAUCUCUGGGAUCCCAAUGUGUGCCUUGGGUUCAGCUAUGCGCUGUUACGCUGGGUCAGGAGCCAUGUGGUUCGCGACGAUCCAAGAGGAGCCUAUACCCUGCGCUUUAGCCCCAGCAUGGGCCAGGUAGAGUUGUUGCCGUUCGAUACCAAGUUCGAGUUCCUCCCGUCAAGCUUCUACGCAAGAUAG